AGAAGUAUGUUUGAAAACACAAAAACCAGAUCCCACUUCAAUUAGAAAUGGGGACAAAGGGAAAGAUGUCUUCUAUGGCAACACUCUUCAUCACUCUUGCUAUGGUUAUAAUUUCUCUAAGCUUGCCCUCAACGACCACAGCUACCUACCGUUACUCAUCUCCACCACCUCCACCACCAAAGAAAUCUCCACCACCACCACCUAAGCAUCAUUACGUUUACAAGUCUCCCCCACCACCAGUUUAUAAGUCACCACCUCCACCUGUUUACAAGUCCCCACCACCCCCAUACCACAAGUCACCACCACCCCCAGUUUACAAAUCACCACCCCCACCAUACCACAAGUCACCACCACCCCCAGUAUACAAAUCUCCACCACCACCGUACCAUAAACCAGUCUACAAGUCACCACCACCCCCAGUUUACAAAUCACCACCACCACCAUACCACAAAUCACCACCACCCCCGGUCUACAAAUCACCACCACCACCAUACCACAAAUCACCACCACCCCCUGUCUACAAGUCCCCACCACCACCAUACCACAAGCCAGUCUACAAGUCACCACCACCUCCUGUUUACAAAUCCCCACCACCCCCAUACCACAAGUCACCACCACCCCCUGUCUACAAAUCCCCACCACCACCAUACCACAAACCAGUCCACAAGUCACCACCACCACCAGUUUACAAAUCACCACCACCACCAUACCACAAGUCACCACCACCCCCAGUAUACAAAUCCCCACCACCCCCAUACUACAAGUCACCACCACCCCCGGUCCACAAGUCCCCACCUACACAUUAUAUUUACAGUUCACCACCUCCCCCUCACCAUUCCCCACCUCCAGUAUACAAAUCUCCACCACCACCCCCAGUUUACAGUUCACCACCACCACCCCCAGUUUACAGUUCACCUCCACCACCUCCAGUUUACCGUUCACCGCCACCACCUCCUGUUUACAAAUCUCCACCACCACCCCCGGUUUACAAUUCACCACCACCGCCUCCAGUUUACAGUUCACCACCCCCACCCCCAGUAUACAAAUCUCCACCACCACCCCCAGUUUACAGUUCACCUCCACCACCUCCAGUUUACCGUUCACCGCCACCACCCCCUGUUUACAAAUCUCCUCCACCACCCCCGGUUUACAAUUCACCUCCACCGCCUCCAGUUUACAGUUCACCACCACCACCCCCGGUUUACAAAUCACCACCACCACCUCCGGUUUACAAUUCAAUGCCACCACCCCCAGUAUAUGGUUCGCCUCCUCCUCCUUGCCAUUGCGAUUAA